AUGGCUAAAGACAUACCCCAAGAAAUACCCGAAAACGUGGUUGACAACCUGUCGACGUCCAGUGAAAUUGAGCUCUUCUCCAUGCUCGACUCUAGCAUUCGGAGCGGAGCACUCCAAGACCCUUUCUUCCCAGUGGACGCUGUCAACGGUCCACGUUUCCUCGACACACAGGCCUGUCUUUGCCAACUUCGGCCAGAACCCGUAAAGGGCGACACAGUAUGGUGGCAGUGUGUCGGAAACCAGUUCAACAUAACAGAUAUCGGAGGAAAGUGGUUCCAGGCCAAGAAUGUUGAUGGUCUCAACCUCGAUGCCAACAGCACUCUGGGUCCUAGCUAUGAUGCAUCAUAUCCUCCAGACUCGUCGCAAGGGUUCGAAUGGGAUAACACUCAGCAACAACUGGUUAUAACAGGAGGAAGGACACCAGGUCUUAGCGUGUGGGUACACCGCCUGUACAGCAGAGAACAACACCCUCUUCUCGACUACCCUCUAUCGUGCGGCCGCCGAGAUACAAGCAAAUCAGACACCCGUCAACGCAGCACCAUGCUGGAGACCUGGGGCGGUCCCCUUCUGUCUCCAGUUACCGAAUGCCAGCUUGCCAGACUAGGCGGCAUUGCCUGCGAACUCAGUGACGCUAACAUCGGUAUGGGUCCGUUCGAGCCCGUCGUUUGCCAAGCUGGAUGGUACUGUCCUCGGGAAGAAAAGGGGAUGGUCACUCUCAAGUGUCCAUCUGGCCACUACUGCCAGGCGGGCGCAGCUACGCCCACACCAUGUGCGGUUGGGAGCAGGUGUCCAGAAGGCUCACAGUUUGAGCGAUAUCUUUUACCCAUUGUCCUUCUCAUCGUCAUUGAUGUGUUGCUCAUCCUUGGCAUGAUUUAUCUCGGUAUCCGCAAAAGACGCCGCAACGCCUCUCCUGGAGCCAUCCCACAGAACAGCUUCGCAUCUUUCAUUGGCGGCUAUAAGCAGGUCUCAGAAGAAAGACACGAGGAGGUCGACUACGAGAUGGCCCUGCUGAGACGAACCAGGCGUCAAGACACCUUUAGAGGUCUUGGUGAUCAGCUAUACGAGCAAGCACCUCCUCUUCGUCGCGGGAAGACCGUCCGUCACAACCCCGACCCGGAAAUCUCGCCUACUAUCAGAGCCUUCGUCGACUCGAUGCGCAAAGCUACUUCUGCUUCCGAAUUUGGCCUGUCGUUUGGCUACAACCAACUGACCUUUGCACCCAAGAACAGCAAGAGGCCAAUUCUCCAGAACGUCACUGGAUCGAUCAACAGCGGAAGCCUCACUGCAAUAAUGGGCGGCUCGGGCGCUGGCAAGUCAACCUUCAUCAACGUUCUCAUGGGCAAGACUCAGUACACCAAAGGCAGUGUCAGCGUUAACAACGUUCCUGGAAAGCUCAAGCAGUACAAGAAGCUUAUUGGCUACGUGCCUCAAGACGAUAUUGUCUUGCCUGAGCUGACCGUCUACGAGAACAUAUUGCACUCGGCCAAGAUUCGGUUGCCGCGCACCUGGACCAAGUCCGACAUCGAGACUCACGUUAACGCCGUUAUCGAUUGUUUGGAACUCUCCCACGUACGUGACAGCUUGGUCGGCAGUGUUGGGAAGCCUGUCAUUAGUGGUGGUCAGCGCAAGCGUGUGAGCAUCGGUAUGGAACUAGCGGCUGCUCCCAUGGCCAUAUUCCUGGACGAGCCUACCUCCGGUCUCGAUGCCACUUCAGCGAGUUCGAUCAUGAGCACACUCAAAGCCCUUGGAAGACUAGGUAUUACCGUUAUCGUCAUCAUUCAUCAGCCGCGAGUGGAAAUCUUCGAGAUGUUAGAUGACAUGAUCCUCCUUGGAAACGGACAACUGAUCUACGAAGGGCCUCAGAGUCAAGCCAAGACCUUCUUCGAGCAGAUGGGUUUUGUGUUCCCUCCUGGUGCCAACUGCAGCGACGUUAUUACCGAUAUCAUCACAGGAAACGGUCGACCGUAUAAGAAGGAUGGCGAUAUAUCCAAGGAAGCCCUCAUUGCCCACUGGGCUAAGGGACCCAGUGUCAGCGUCCUCGCUGACGAAGAUGAGGACAGGACCUGGCAACCUGCCCACUCCCGAAACCCCUCAGACACCACCCUUACCGCUAGCGAAAGCAGCGAAAGCGACACACCCCGCCACAAUCGAUCGUCCGUAAUGUCUUUGAGCAAGCUCAAAGCAAGCGCACGCAUCUCAAUCCUGUCCAUCUCGAACCCCCAGCUAUCCGGUAUCCUGAAGCAUCGCGGUGCUCCUCGUUGGCGACAAACUCUGCUGUGUCUAUCCCGCUCUAUUCUCCAGCAAUACCGUGCUAGCUCCAACUUUUGGUUCGAAAUGGGUCUCUCCGCUCUCGCUGGCUUCUUGCUCGGACUCGCUCAACAACCGAAGAAUGGCGCCUUCUUCCGAGGUCAGUACAACAAGCCCUACGACAUCCUGUCUCUCUCAGCAGACUAUGCCGCGGCUCCGCAAAUGGCAAUGCUUAUUACCUUGGCCAUUGGCCUCUCAAGUGCCGCGCCUGGUGUCAAGGUCUUCUCCGAGGAGAUGCUUGUAUAUCGUCGUGAGGCGGAGGCCGGGCAUUCUAGAGUGUCAUACUUCUUUGCAAAGACGAUCAGUGUUCUUCCAAGGAUGACGCUAGCUUGCUUGCACUUCUCCGCUCCGCUCUUCCUCGUGAGCGUGCCCGUCAUUCCGUUCUGGACGGCAUUCUUGGCCAACCUUUUGUAUGUGUAUUGCAUCUACGGGCUGGCGAGUUGCAUGAGCAUGGUGGUGAGACGGGAGGAUGCACCACUCUUUGCGACGAUGAUCAGCUUGAUUGUCGGCAUCUUGAGCGGAGCGGCGCCGAGCUUGAGUAAGGCCAAAGAGUGGCAUGUUGAGUGGUUGUGGAGAGCUGGGCCGGGCGUGUGGCUGGGCGAGCUGUACUUUGGACAGUUGGUGAAGCCGUUCGGGUAUCUGUAUGAUGUACAGAUUGCUUCUAAAGUGACGGGAUAUGACUUGGAUCGGUUGUGGGUAAAUAUGCUGGUCUUGCUGGGCAUUGGGACGGCGUAUAGGUUGUUGGCUUUUGUAGGGUUGAUUGGGGGUGGAAAGAUGAGGGUAUGA